GAUCCUUUCAAGCAAAGUAUAAAGGUUUGAUCCUAAACACAUAAGAUGCAAUCUAUUUCUUUCACCUAUAAAUAGAAAGUUUAUAGAAUGAUUCUUAUCUGCAUAUUCACUAGUUUUCUUUCUGGUUUCUGCAUAUCUUCUCAUGGCCAGUUCCGGUGAUCAUGAUGAAAUUAUAAAGUCUAUAUCUGAUGCCCCACCAACACAUUACAUGGUCAAGAUAGAGUCUUUCUCACUCCUUACAAAGCAUGCUAUAGAGAGAUAUGAAACUGAGAGCUUUGAAGCUGGAGGCUACAAAUGGAAACUGGUUCUGUACCCAAAUGGAAACAAGAGCAAGAAUACGAAAGACCAUGUUUCUGUUUACUUAGCUCUUGCGGACUCUAGUUCACUAAGUCCAGGAUGGGAGGUUUAUGCAGUUUUUCGUCUGUACUUACUGGAUCAAAACAAAGAUAAUUAUUUGAUUCUACAAGGAAACGAGAGACGGUUUCAUGCGGUGAAGCGUGAAUGGGGAUUUGAUAAAUUCAUCCCAACCGGUACCUUCUCUGAUGCGUCAAAUGGAUACCUUAUGGAAGACACAUGUAUGUUUGGAGCUGAUGUGUUUGUUUCUAAGGAGAGAAGAAGUGGGAGAGGAGAAUGUUUAUCAAUGAUUAAAGAUGCUACUAGCUCUAAGCACGUCUGGAAAAUUGAGAAUUUCUCCAAGUUAGACAAAGAAAGCUAUGACUCAAAUGCUUUCUUCGCCGGAGAUAGAAAAUGGAAGGUAAGGUUUUAUCCAACGGGAACGAAGCAAGGAACAGGAACCCAUCUUUCUAUCUAUCUAACCCUUGUAGAUCCUGAAACCAUUUCAGAUGGUACAAAGAUAUUUGUAGAGUUUACAAUUCGAAUAUUUGAUCAGUUACAAGGCAGACACAUUGCCGGGAAAGUUACUAAAUGGUUUAGUCGAUCAAGCUCGGAGCAUGGAUGGGUGAAAUAUGUAUCGAUGGUUUAUUUCACACAGCCAAACAGUGGUCUGUUGCUCAAAGAUGUCUGUCUCGUUGAAGCUGAUGUAUGCGUUCAUGGAAUCACCAGUGCAAUCUAAUCUCAUCAUGUUUUAACUCAACACUAAAGUUUUAUUUGCCUCUCUGCUUAAGGACUCAUCAAAUAAACCCAAAAUCUUUGAUA